AUGCAAUCAAUUUUCGCACUCGUCUUUCUCCGUAUCAGGGACGCCAAGCGGGAAACAGCUUCAUUCACCAAUUAUAACGAGAAACCCAGAAUAACAACAUCUUCACAGCGAGCUCGUGGCACGAGAGCCUGCCACAAAUCGCCGCGCGAGCACGCCAACUCGCGGAGCCAGACAGCUUCCCCAUGCUGCCGCAUCGCCUCUGGAGGUGACUGCUUCGGCGUACCACCUCGUAUCAGACGAUCCUUGCCUGAAUGCAACGGAAUAAAUCUCUGA